CAAGGCAGGCAGGCAGAGCCCAGGAACACAUCCACGCACAUCCACACACAUACAGCCAAAGCCGAGCUCCUCUCCUACAGAGGAGAGAGCGCACAGAGGGAUAAACACAGGGAGACCAGAGGAACGCGGCAGCGGCUCUCGUGUGUCUGCUUUGUGUGUGCGCGCACGCGCGCUCGCUCGCUCGGUGCUCGAGACGACUAGCGGGGCGGAACAUGGAGGGGCUCGGGAAAAACGCUGGGAAGUGACCUCGAACCGAGGAGAAAAUUGGGGGGAGGCAAACGGACGGAGAGAGCGAGAAGAAGGACGGACUGACAGACGGACAGCUCGGUCGGAAAGGAGGAGAGGAAGAAAGGAAGAAAGAGAGAAAGGGAGAAGUCUGACAGAGGAGAAAGAAGAGUGGGGAAGGGGUUCACCUGGAACUCGCAAGGAUUUUAAGGAGUGAGCCCUGGGCUGGAUGGGACCCACCAUGCCCCCCAGUAAGAAGGCCCAGAGCCCCAGCAGCGGGGCCAGCGCUUCGCAGGGCAUGAGCCCGCCCUACCGGCAGGGGGACCCCGCCACUGCGGCGUCCGAGGCCGAGGCGGCCGACCUCUCGCUCUCCCUGUCCGCCUCCUUCUCCAAAGCCGAGGACGAGGAGCUCACCAGCCUCUCCUGGCUCCACGAGAGCACCGACCUCCUCAACAGCUUCAGCCACUCCGGGCUGCGUAGCGUCUCCCCUCUGCAGGAUCCCGACAGUCAGCACCCACGCUCGCCUUCCUCCUCGUCGCCGUCCCCGGACGACGUGUUGCUCGGCGACGCGCACUCGGCGUAUGACCUGGCGGCGGGGGCCAACCGGAAACCGCCGUACUCCUUCAGCUGCCUGAUCUUCAUGGCCAUCGAGGACGCGCCCAACAAGCGGCUGCCGGUGAAGGACAUCUACGGCUGGAUUCUGGAGCACUUCCCUUACUUUGCGAACGCUCCGACGGGUUGGAAGAACUCGGUGCGGCACAAUCUGUCGCUCAACAAGUGUUUCAAGAAGGUGGACAAAGAUCGCAGUCAGAGCAUAGGCAAAGGCUCCCUGUGGUCCAUAGAUCCAGAGUACAGGCACAACCUGAUCCAGGCGCUGAAGAAGACGCCGUAUCAUCCUUAUUCGCCCAGUUUGGCCACACCUUCCACCUCCCCGCCCAGCCUGCCUCAGACGUUUCACCACAGUCCUCCAUUGUGGUCGGGGAGCCCCCUCUUCAGAAAGAACGGAGGAGUUCUUCUACAAGUUCCCCGUGGCGUGAUCCAGAACGGCGCUCGCGUCAGGAGCCAGGCCCUCUUCCCCGUCAUCAGACCCCUGCCAGUAAGCCCCGUGGGGAGCAGAACCUCGGCUAUAAGAUCAUCCCUGGGAGAUUACCUUAGCCGGGGAAAGGACAGCCCGUCCCGCUACUCCCCCAUCCCCUGCGGCGAGGACCUUCAGGACGACCACACCUACAGCACCGCCAAGUCCCCCAGCAGCCUGUCCCCCUCCGAGAUCACCAACCCUUCCUCCGCGCUGGAAGAUGACGACAUUAUUGCCGUGGAGAUCCAGUCGGAUGUCAAGCCGGAGCCCCGGGAGAUCCCGCUGGACUCUCACAUAGCCACAGCCGCCGCCGCUGCCGCCUACAUUUCCCAGCAGCCCCCGCGCGGACAAAGACGCAGCUCGGCGGCCGGAGCCGGGACUCUGCCGGGCAGCAGCCUGCCCUGGACCAAAAGCCGAGCGAGGGGCAUUAGCGACACGCUGCCGCUGAAGAAGCGGCGUGCACCGGAGAAGCCGCCGGAGAGCGACGACGAGGAGAUGAAGGAGGCGGCGGGGUCGCUGCUCCACCUGGCCGGCGUCAGAGCCUGCCUCAACAACAUCACAAACCGCGCCGCCAAGGGCCAGAAGGAGCAGAAAGAGACCCUAAGAAACUAAAAAAAAAAAAAAAACAUACGCAUUCAGACACCUCCAACCACGCACACCCAACACACACCACUCACACACACACGUACAAAUAGGUCAACAGGUAACGUUACUACAGCAUUAGUCUCGACAGACACUCGUCAUCUCCCUCUAUCUAUCUGCAGGGCAUUAGGUGAAUCCUACUUAUUUGUGGCAAUAUCAAAAAUCAAUGUUUUCCUACAUGUUCAGCAACACUAACAUCAAUGGGUAUCUCUCAUGUGUCUAUGUUGGGUUUUUUUGUUGUUGUUUUAAAAAGGGGAUGAAAGCCA